AUGCUGAGGGACACUAUGAAAUCUUGGAACGAUGGCCAGUCGGGUCUCUGUACCAGUGACCAGGAAGAGGAAGAAGAGAUGGUUUUUGGUGAAAAUGACGAUGACUUGGAAGAGAUGAUGGAUCUAAGUGAUCUGCCCACCUCUCUUUUUGCCUGCAGUGUCCACGAAGCAGUGUUUGAGGUGCAAGAGCAGAAGGAGAGAUUUGAAGCGCUUUUCACCAUCUAUGAUGAGCAGGUGACGUUUCAGUUAUUUAAAAGCUUUAGAAGAGUCAGAAUAAACUUCAGCAAGCCGGAAGCAGCAGCCAGAGCGCGCAUCGAGCUCCACCAGUCAGACUUCAACGGGCAGAAGCUGAAGCUGUACUUUGCACAGGUUCAGGUGGCCCGGGAAACACGAGACAAAUCGUACCUGCAGCCGCCCCAGCCAGUCAAGCAAUUCCUCAUCUCGCCGCCCGCGUCCCCUCCGGUGGGCUGGAAGCAGGGGGGCGACGCGAUGCCGCUCUUAAACUACGACCUCCUCUGCGCCGUGUCCAAGCUGGGGCCAGGAGAGAAAUACGAACUUCACGCAGGAACUGAGUCCACGCCCAGCGUCGUGGUUCACGUCUGUGAAAGUGACACUGAAGAGGUAGAGGAAACAAAAAACCCCAAACAGAAAAUUACCCAGACCAGGCGCCCCGAGCCUCCGGCCACAGCACUGAGCGAGCCCCCGACCUUCGACUGUGCCCCGUGA